AGCGUAUCCGCGCCGUCCAUCAGAUCAGAUCCAAUUUGCCUUUCCUCCUCGCUCUAGCGUUUUGGAUCGCUCGCGUGGCCGCGUCCUCCCCCAUGGCGUGCGCCGCCGCCGCCGCCGUGACGCUCGGCGGCAAGGGCGCUGCACUGUCGCCGGCCGCCGUCUACGCCCUCUCCCUCGGCCUCGUGGACCCCGCCAUCGACCCCUCCGCGCUCCAACGCCUCUCCACCCGCGCCCCUUCGCCGCAGGAGACCCCGGCGUCCCUCCGCGCCUUGGCGCUGCUGGCACCGCCGGAGUCCCGCGCCGCCGCCAGUGUACUGCUGAACAAGCUCCUUCUCACCGCCGCAGACUCCCCCUCCGCGCUCGUCACCGCCGCCACCGCCACGCGGCUCGCCGUGUCGCUCGACCUUGCCGCGGCGCUGCCCCCAGGCUCCCGCGACGAGGCAGCGGUGGCGGCGGCGUCCGCGCCCGUGGCCGUCGCGCUCGCCGCCGUGAUCGAUUGCUGCGCCGCGCCGCUCGCCCGCGUCGCCGACGCCGUCGCGGCGCUGUCAUGCGAGGCCGCGCGCGGGGACGCCGCGGCGUUCGACGUGCCGGCCUCCGGCGACGGCCUCUCCGCCAAGGACGAGGCGGAUGUCGCCGCCGACAUCAAGAUGCUCGUCUUCGGCUCCAAGCUGGUCGGCAGUGCCGGAGGUGCCUCCGCCGCCACGUUCUCAAAGGUGCCCGCCGUGAAUGGGAUCUUCCGUGAGGCGGUGCGCGCGCUGCACGCGAGGGUACGGAUCGAGCUCAACUCUCCGGUGAAAUUGGGGAAGAGGGAUGCUGGUGGAACCGGUGAGGGAAAGGAGGAGGCGUUGGUGGUGCUGGCAACACAACUCGCGAGAUCAGUGCAGGCAAUGUGCAAGCUAAGCGUUGCACGGGCAAAGCUCUGCGCGGAGAAGAGCAUCAAUGAUGCUGAGCUCCGGGAGAAGCUUAUUGGUGGCACUGACGUUGAUGAUUUGAAGGGUAUGCUUGAUAAGGUUAUGAUUGAUUCAGACGCUGUGUCGGUCUUGAAGGGGGUGUACAACCACUUGCUCAAGUUCAGGGACUUUCUUGCCUGGGAGGCAGCUGUGGCCAUGGCGGCGAUUGAAAUGGACAACUCAAUCGAGAAGCCCCAAGCUGGUGUCGAGAACGAAGCGGGCAGUUCAACUGAGAAGCCACAGGCUGGUGGGGAGAAAGCGAAGGGCGACAGGAAGAGCAAGAAGAAGAAAACGUUGGGGAAAGGUACUUCUGCUAUACUGAUGCUGCUUAGAGAUCAUGUAACAAAUGGAAGUGAAGUUCCUAGCGUGAAUUCUAAACUGGUUGCUGAGUGGGGAACCACGCUCUCAUUGCUGUUUGAUCCGAAGUGUCCAAAAUUGGAGUCUCUUGUGGAGAAGGUGAAGGAGAUUGUUGAGAGCAAUGAAGUGAGGAGAUUGCCCAAAAUACCUAAGGGUACACGUGACUUCGGGAAAGAGCAAAUGGCAAUAAGGGAGCGUGCAUUUUCAAUUAUAACAGGUGUAUUCAAGAUGCACGGUGCUACUGCACUUGAUACACCUGUAUUUGAGCUGAGAGAAACCCUCAUGGGCAAAUAUGGUGAAGACUCGAAGUUGAUAUAUGACCUUGCUGACCAGGGUGGUGAGCUUUGCUCUUUGCGGUAUGAUCUGACUGUUCCAUUUGCCCGGUAUGUUGCCAUGAAUAACAUAAGCGCACUGAAGAGAUACCAGAUAGCGAAAGUAUAUAGAAGAGAUAACCCAUCGAAGGGAAGAUAUAGAGAAUUCUACCAAUGUGACUUCGACAUUGCUGGUGUAUAUGAACCGAUGGAACCGGAUUUUGAGGUUAUCAAAGUUUUGACUGAAUUGUUGGAUCAGCUGGAUAUAGGCACAUAUGAGAUAAAAUUAAACCACAGAAAGUUGCUCGAUGGAAUGUUGGAGAUUUGUGGUGUGCCUGCUGAAAAGUUCAGAACAGUUUGUUCGAGUAUUGACAAACUAGAUAAGCAAACAUUUGAGCAGGUGAAAAAGGAAUUGGUAGAUGAGAAAGGCAUAUCAAAUGAAACUGCAGAAGAAAUUGGCAAUUUGGUGAAGACUAGAGGACCCCCGUUGGAAGUUUUGCUGGAGUUGAGAAAGGAGGGUAGCAAGCUUAUGGAGAACGAAGGGUCUGUUGUUGCAUUGAAUGAGCUGGAGAUAUUAUUCAAAGCUCUAGAGAAAGCAAAUGCAACAGGCAAGAUAGUUUUUGAUUUGAGCCUGGCUAGAGGCCUUGAUUACUAUACUGGUGUUAUAUAUGAAGCUGUGUUCAAGGGUGCCACACAGGUUGGCUCCAUUGCAGCUGGUGGCCGGUACGACAACCUUGCUGGUAUGUUUAGCGGGAAGCAAGUUCCUGCUGUCGGUGUCAGCCUUGGAAUAGAAAGAGUCUUUGCAAUCAUGGAGCAACAAGAGAAAGAAAGACAUGAGAUGAUCCGGGCUACUGAGACAGAGGUGUUGGUGUCAAUCCUUGGGAAGGACCUUAUCCUGGCCGCCGAGCUUGUGAGCGAACUGUGGAACGCUGGGAUAAAGGCAGAGUUCAAGCUCACUACUAGGGUGCAGAACCACAUAAAGUAUGCGACACAAUCGGGCAUUCCGUGGAUGGUGCUGGUUGGUGAGGCCGAGAUACAGAAACAAAAGUUGAAAUUGAAGAACAUUAGAGCCAACCAGGAAGAGGAGGUUGAUAGGAAGGAUUUUGCUCAGGAGCUGAAGAAAAGAUUAAGUAAACCCUAGGAAAAAAAAAUUCUUUAGAUUAGACAUGGUUGAGGCGUGUCAUGCAAUGAUCGACUUUUUGACAUCCAUUUUCCUUUGUGAGGUGAUGCCAUUGAACAAACAACAUUGCACCAUUUUGAUUUGAACUGGUGGGGGUGUUCGAAUUGGCCCGAUUUGUAUAACCGUUCAAAUCCCUGAAUUACAAUACAAUGUACUUAAUCAGGCAUCAGCUUUUUCUGAA